GCCCUGAGCCGCCGCUGUGUUCACUCAGCUCCGCGCUCUGCCCUGCUCCGCUCCGACGGAUUAUCCAGCUCGGUAACGUUAGCUCGCCGGCUAACGGGUCCACACAGCAGGCGAGGAGAGCCAUGAGAAGCCGCUGGAGCCGGUGAAAGUGAGUCACGGAUUAACUUCGGGACUUUAAUGUACGGGAACAGACAGAAAAGGAGUUUAGCGGAUCAUGGUGUCGGGAACUUUUCUGUAGGAUCUCCUCUGGGGAACGGUUAGCUGCUGCGGGGCUAACGAGGCUACAAACUAUUUUUAAUUGGCUUUGGCUCGAUGGCUGCUGCUUGUUUUGCCCCGUCAUAGCGACAGCUUGGAGAAUUAAAUCUGUGGGAGAGGCCCUGACAACUUCAUGACAAACCAAAACCAGAAACUUAGGAAGACAAGACUGGAAAGGGACCGAAAAUGAAGAAGCAAUUCAACCGGAUGAAACAGCUCGCCAAUCAAACAGUUGGCAGAGCGGAGAAAACAGAAGUCCUCAGCGAUGACCUCUUACAGAUUGAACGGCGCAUGGAGUUGGUGCGUGUGGUGUCCCACAACACACACAAGAGGAUGGUGUCAUGUCUGCAGGGACACAUCGGAGCAGACGCAGAGAAGAGACAUUCCGUCCCACGCCUCUAUACAGGAAAUGGUCAGAAAAAGCUUCCUCUGACUGCUCUGUCCCAGGCCAUGGUGGAAGGCGGGAACCAGCUGGGAGAGGACUCCUUGAUAGGGAAGAUGAUGGAAGUGUGCGGUGAUGCAGAGAACCGUCUGGCGUCCGAGUUGAUGCAACACGAGCUACAGAUCGAGAAAGACGUCCUGGAUCCCCUCAGCCAGCUCGCAGAGGUGGACAUUCCUAACAUCCUGAAGCAGAGGAAACAGCUGGCCAAACUGGUGCUGGACUAUGAUUCUGCCAGAGCGAGAUGGUUGCAGGCGACCAAGUCAAUAAUCUCAGGAACAAACACUCAAGCACUGACGGCCAAAGCUGACCUACUCAAGGAGGAGAUGGACGAGGCCACCAACAAAGUGGAGCUCUGCAAGGAUCAACUGGCUGCAGACAUGUACAGUUUCUUCUCUAAAGAAGGCGACUAUGCCUGCUACUUCGUCACACUCUUAGAAGCUCAAGCUGAUUACCACAGAAAGUCUCUCACUGUUCUGGAGACGGUCCUGCCGACAAUCCAUGCUCAGCAAGACUCGUGGACGGAGAAGCCUGCUUUUGGCACGGGGCUGGAUGAACACCUGAAGAGGAGCGGAAGGGAGAUCGCCCUGCCGAUAGAGGCCUGCGUCAUGAUGCUUCUGGAGACGGGCAUGAAGGAAGAGGGUUUAUUCAGAAUCGCAGCAGGGGCGUCCAAGCUAAAGAAGCUAAAGGCAGCGCUGGACUGUUCCACUUCACAACUGGAGGAGUUCUACUCUGACCCCCAUGCUGUUGCUGGAGCACUGAAGUCCUACCUGAGGGAACUACCUGAACCUCUGAUGACCUAUCAGCUUUAUGAUGAAUGGAUCCAGGCAUCCAGUGUGUCAGACCCAGACAAGAGGCUGCAGGCCCUCUGGGUUGUUUGUGAUAAGCUACCAAAGAACAACAAAACCAACUUGAGGUAUCUGGUUAAGUUCCUGACCAAACUGGCUCAGGACAGCGAGGUGAACAAAAUGACUCCAAGCAACAUCGCCAUUGUCCUGGGACCCAACCUGAUGUGGGCCAAGACUGAGGGGAGUCUGGCUGAGAUGGCUGCAGCUACCUCUGUGCACGUGGUCGCCAUCGUGGAGCCCAUCAUCCAACACGCUGACUGGUUCUUUCCUGAGGAUGUGGAGUUCAACGUGUCCGGCAUGUUUGCGAUGCCCACGCCUGCAUCCAACCACAACAACCACCUUGAUUACGACUGCGGCACCAUCGAGAGGAAGAGGCCUGGCAGCAUGGUGGGACCAGAGAACGACACGACGCGCAAAGACAACUCCUCUAACAAGCAUUCGGACCACACCCUGCGUAGAGGCAGUAACACCUUAGGUAGAAAGCAGCACACCUCACCUGCCUUCCAGCCUCCUUUACCCCCUGUGGAGGCUCCGGGGCCGGGCCACGGGGCCCCGCAGGUCCCCCCGCCCUCAGCCGAGCCCCAGCUACAGGCUCCAUCAGGGGGUUCAGGGUCUGAUGCUGCCCAGCAGAGCUUGGCGCAGAGUCUGGCUGCUCUGGCAGCCGCUCAGCAGCUUCUAGCUCAGCACACAGAGGAGCUCAGCAACCCAAAGCUACGUGACUCCACAGCUGCCCCGACCCCUCUGCUCCAGAGGAACGGCACCGGAGGAGGGGGCCACGCUGCAGGGCAGCUGGGCACAGGGACCCCUGGGGCUGGAUCCAUGGGGCCCAGUCCGCAUAUGAUGCGCAAAGGUACCAAGAAGCAGGCUCCAGCCCCUCCCAAGCCGAUGAACCCUCCACCCAGCCAGCCCUGUAACUCAGUAAACCACGCCUCCUCUUCUGGCUCCUCCCAGUCCCUCAGUCCCACUCCCAGACCCCUGUCCAGCCACUCACCCGCCUCACCCACCUCUCCCACCUCACAGCCAUGUGCCACACCCAGACGCCACUCCAGCAACCAGCCGCCGAUCCAGGCGCCCAGCCAUCCGCCUCCAGAGCCUCCGUCACAGGCCAGCCCUCCGAUGCAGCCCACGUCCCUCAGUGGGGACCAGCAGAGCACGGACCCCUCACCUCCAGACACCCCAACUCCUCCGGACACCCCUCCACCCUCCAGCACCACCACCACCACCACCACCACCCAGGACGUAGCUCCUCCGUCCCCGUCUCCCUAUCAGUCGGGCUCCCUUCCCCGUCCGCGACCCGUCCCCAAACCCCGGAACAGACCCAGCGUCCCACCUCCGCCGCAGCCCACCACGCUGACCAGUGACACCAAUGGGAUCUGUGCCUCCACGUACAAGAUGAUGGAUCCGGUGUUGUCUUUCAAAGGGCUGACUCGAGCUUUGGUCCCUGAGCUCGCUGUAGACCAGCAGCCAGCAACGGCCUCCUCGUCCUCCUGCCUGCCUCCUCCCAAAGACUGUGACCUAGACACUGAGAGCACUGUCCUAUGAGGAGGAGAAGACUCCCUCUGGUCCAGUACCCCUCCACACACCUCCUCUCAUUAUACACAAAUCUCAUAUAGUCUGCAGCCCAUAUCUGCAGCCCUCCUGUGCCGUCAACUUUAAAUAAUGACAUCAAGCACCAUCUGGCAGCCAUAAUGGAGGUCCACACUGUGUGUUGAUGCUUUGGGAAUCGCUCAUUUCACCAGUUACACGUGAUGAUUCAUUUAAUUCUCAGCAGUUUGAAGCCAUUAUUUACUAACUGAGCAUCCUUUUUGUUGACCUCCAUCCUGGCGUUAGAUGUGCUCAUGUGGAGACUAUACACUGCGAACACACCCAUGCCAUCUCUCUCUUUAAACUGCGCUCCAGACAAUCAAACAGUGGAGGAUUCACCAGUUAACGCCGUCAGACAACGAGCAAUACAAAGCAUGGGUACAGAGCGAGGGAACGCCAAAAUAUGGACUUAUGAGGCUCGUUUGGAAUUUGGUGUGGGAUUUUUUUUUUUUUUUUGAUGAUGAUGGAAAAAUGGCCUUAGAACAUGAUUUUGAGAAAAGGUAUUUCUACAACACAGAGGGGGGAAGGGGGGAAAGGUAGAAACCAAAACUGUUAAAGUGUAGCUGGUGACUGCAGGUUUCCAGUCGUCUCAAACACUUGAUUUUUGUAUCAUCCUUCUUUCUUUUUUUUUCCUCUCUUUCUCACUCCUGUAUUUAUUUACCGAUUUAAAAACACACAUUCCCUGUGGCUUGACGUAAUUAAUGCAGUCUUUAAAUGUAAAUCAUGCCUUAUGGGUUCCUCGUAGAACCGUGUUAAUAAGCAGCAUUAUAUAUUUACUGUAUGGAGGAUAUACUUGGCUCCGAGUACUACAGUAUUUUCCAAGAAGCUGUCUUGGCAACGAGUUUGUUUCAGGGACGUAAGGACGUUUCGACGCUCUGCAAUAGAAGUCUUGUGUAUUUAAAUGGUUGAUGUGUUCAGAAGUAGCAGCGGCCUGAACACUGUCCGUAUUUUUCUGUUUUCCCAUCUAUCUUCUCCAGAUUUCCGCGGGGUUGCGUGCGAGUGAAUGUAGUUAACGGACGUUUUUUUCGCAGCCUGAACAGAAAGACGCAGAAACAACUGAUGUUGCACUUGAUGAGCGGUUUCCUUUAGAGGAUUUUUUUUCAGUCUUUCCCACUGAGCUGAGAUAAGCAGCGCUGUGAACCUCAGUAGUGAUGUGGCGUUAGAUUUUGGCCGGUCAAAAAAGAAAAAAGAAAAAAAGCUUUGUUGUAUUUUCUGUGUUUGCUUCUUUUUUUUUUGCUUUUUGGCCUCAAUGUGAUGCAGAGUGAACUGACCUGAUAUGGUACCAAUGGUGAAAGUCUUGGAUGCUGCAGUUGCCCUGAAAACAUUUUGUUUUUCAGAGACAAUCGAGCGUCAUAAUCCCCUCCUCUCUCUCUCUCUCUCUCUCUCUCUGCUCCUGAACCUCGCUGCCUUAUCCCCGUGCAUCGAAAGCGCUCGCCAUCUCCACGCUCUGCAAGACGAACAAACGCCAUUAAAGUAGAAAUGCUGCAUUUUUAAGCUCCAUAGUUUUGUAUGUAUGCCGUCUGGUGAGCUGAAAUAUGGAAUAAAAACAUGUAAUAUGAACGCUUUCCAAAGAAAAUAAAGUAUAUGAAGAAACUA